AUGCGGUCGGUCAACGGGACAUGGUUAGUUGCACUGGCCUUGAGCUUGAUAGGGACGGCACAAGGUCAAUCUGAGUGCAGCACAAUACUUAAAACAUCUUAUGCUGUCGCGACAACGGUGACGGAUCUCUCGAGCUUCCGUUCGUCCCUGAACAGUCGAUUCUCUACCCCAGGCGUCUCUUGGUCAGGCGCACGAGUCCCAUACUAUUCCACCUUGCUUACCGGCGGAAACGGGGUUCCAUACACAGGAAUAUAUUACUAUGAUUCUCAUGCUCUUUCAAGCGCUGGGUAUGAAGUCAUCUCGGCGCCCCAUACAACAAUCAGUUGUCCUCCAACCACAACUCCCACGCUUCCUCCAUCGCCAACAGGGUCCGUGUGUUCGCCCCACGGCGACCAUUCCCCCAUGGGGAUCACUGGCAUUGUCCAUCUGGUGUUCCCGAACCGACCACACCUCCGCCGACAACUACCAGUUCCUCGUCAGCUGUGA